CUUUGUGGAACGCAAUCUUAUCCUUAGUAUUGCAUUCUUGUCUGAUAACGUGGAUUGUUUUUACGUCUGAAAAUAAACACGAUUGCGUUCUCGUUGGCUCUUCCACGCUUGCUUGUGUUUGAGAGACGAGAUUAUCACAUGAUUGAAUGCGUACAAGGAGAUGAAGUGAAUGAUCAACAGUAACUUUGAAGUUCGAGGAAAAGCUUCCACGGAGAGGAGAGCAUUUUGAAAUCGCUUGAAAUCAACUAUUAAAGCUUCUUGCGCUCUAAGAAAGCACCUUCUACUUAGACUUUAUAAAAAAAUUGUGAUCCUGAAUAUUAGAUCGAAAGUCCAUUUGGAAGGGGGGAGGAGGGGCAAUAAAGAAGACGCGCGCUUACGCGGAAGAUGUCGAUCGUCUUGAGGAUUGUAAGAAAGUGAGCGACUCGAUCAGCACAUCGUCAAGUUUAUUGUAUAGGUACUGUGACCUUCAGGUCAAAUAAUCAUUGGGCACAAAAGUAGAAGAGGAAAGUAACAACUUCAAUACUCGAAGACCUCAUAUAAUUAGAAAAGAGAAAGAUCGACGUGAGGAAAAGACUUUAUUCCUUUGAUGCUCUGCACGAAAUCUAUUUCCAGCUAGUAUAUACGACAUUGUGGAAAGAGAAAAACUUGUCGCGAAUCUUCCUCGCGCGAGAUGACCGGCAAUUCUUUUCCGAGAAAGUCACCAGGGUGAUCCAGUCGCUAAUAUUGUAUCACAAACACGAGAAUUCUUGAAAGAACGAAUUGGAAUCUUGUUUAGGAUAGAUAAAUAGACAGGUACACAACACUGAGAAUGAUGGACGCAGGAAUGUACACGUUCAAACCGUUUGUAUUUACCAAGCCCGAAGUGAAGGGGAUAGAGCAGCCGAAGGCCCGAAGCGGCCACCGGAUUGCUUGUGAUCAUCGGAAUCUGUACUCAUACGGCGGCUUCAAUCCAUGUGUAUCUGAUACCGACCCUGAUAUGCGUGAUGAUCAGAUGUGGAGUGCUAGCAAACCAUUGUUUAAGGAACUAUGGCGUUUCAACUUUGUUAGCAAGCGGUGGUCCCGGCUACCUGGCCAGGAAAAUAUGCCGAAUGAGCUGGCAUCGAAUGCAGUGAUACUGUGUGGCAAUACGCUGAUGGUGUAUGGUGGCACCGGUGUACCAUUCGGCGAGAGCUGCAGCAAUCAGCUAUAUGUCUGCAAUGUGGAUGACGGCGCUAUCAAUGCCGUGCCAGCCAUAGGCGAGUUACCUGAACCUCAGUAUGGGCAGGCACUAGUAUGCCAUGGUUCCUAUCUCUAUACAGUCGGUGGCACUACUGGUUAUGAAUAUACUUGCGACAUUCAUCGCUUCGAUCUGAGAAGAGGCGUCUGGGAGGUAGUAUAUAUUUGCUCAGGCAAGGAUGAGUCAGAACCGCAUGGCAGAUACAGACAUGAGCUUGCUUUUGAUGGCAAGAUGAUCUAUGUUUUGGGUGGUGGUACUUCGACAGAAUCAUAUGGUUUCUUGGAAAUACCGGCAUUUGAUUUAAAGACUAAUAGUUGGAAGAUUUUGAACACACAUGGCGAAACUGAAGAGACUAUGGUACCGGCACCACGACGUUGUCACGGUUCUGUGCAAUAUAUAGAUGAGAAGAAUGGUGUUACUUCGGUUGUCAUAUCAGGCGGUUACAAUGGCGACCGAGUGUUUAAUGAUGUUUGGCGACUUAAUCUUAGCACACUGCGAUGGACACGCUUGCGAGAAUGCAUCUUACCAUGUCCAGUGUACUUUCAUUCGGCCGCGCUGACUCCGGAAGGUCGCAUGUACAUAUUCGGUGGUAUAGUCAAAAUGAACAACAAGGUGAAAAGAACAAACGCGGUUUACUCUGCUUGGCUAACAAUUCCCAAAUUAUCCGAAAUCUGCUGGGAAGCAUUGAAUUAUUAUUGGGAGGAUUUGAAAGACGCUUCACCGGACGAGUUGCUUAGCAUGGGAAUACCAUUAAAAUUCGUACAAAGACUUGAAUUCUGCGACUGGUGAACGAUUAGUUUCCUCGAUAUCUUCAAAUUCUCAAAUCAGAUGUUUUUUAUGCUAUACGCACUUUAAAAUGUUCGGCCAUUCGCUUCGAUCAGUCGAUAUUUAGAUUUAUAUAGAGGUGGUUCAACUUCUGAAAUUUUUGAUUUUUCGAGAAAUGAUGAAGUGCUGAAUUCUUGUAUCUCUUGUAACAAUAGAGAAGUUCCUCCUGUUAUAGAAUGAUUCGAGACGCACUGUGGUUAUAAAAUAAUGGGAUGUUUUCCAACAACGUACAUAGGUAACGCAGUGUAACACUGCCUUACACAGUGUUUCAACUAUAACACAGUGUUACACUGCUCGACAGUAAAAAGCUAAAUACGAAUUUGUAAAAUAUGUCAAUGUUACUACCAUGUUGUGUACUUAUUUUGCAAUAAAACUUUCCAAA